CUUGCUGCACACGCGCAUGUGUGCGCAGCGCGGAAGGACCGAGUGGGAUUGGGAAUCGCCCAGAACAUGCAGGCAAUAUUGCAAUGCUACCGUAGCCAGAACCGCGCGAGCCUGCCAGCUUUGAUCGUGGUCGACGUGCAGUAUGACUUCAUCUCCGGCAGCUUGGCUGUGAAAGGCGCAGAGGACAUCCUUCCAGUAAUAUACGACCUCCUAGACAAGCAUGACUGGGACCUCGUCGUGGCCAGUCAGGAUUUCCACCCGAGCGGUCAUGUCUCCUUCGCUUCAACCCAUGGCCUCUCUCCCUUCCAGCCGAUCGAAAUUCCCCACCCAAUAACUGGAGGAUUGCAUGCUCAGGCUGCCGCGACGGGAUCGGAUACGCAAGCACAGACGAUCACUCAGAUGCUCUGGCCUGAUCAUUGUGUGCAGGGCACGAGAGGCUGUGAUCUCGAGGACGGUCUCCGGGCUCGUCUCGGUGGACUCGGAGACAAGGUGCACAUCGUUCAGAAGGGUAACCACCCACAAAUCGACGGCUAUUCGGCGUUCGCGAUGAACCACUACGUGCAGUUCACCGCGCUGCCCCAGAUCCUCUUCUCACACGGCAUUACACGAUUGACCAUCGUCGGUCUUGCGACCGAUUAUUGUGUUCGAGCUACGGCCAUAGAUGCUCGCAAAUUCCAUUUCGACGUGGACGUGGUUCGAGACGGCGUGAGAGGCGUCGAUAUAUCGAGCGAAGAGUCGGUAUUAAGGGAACUCGAGCAAUGGGGAUGCAAGAUUAUCUGAUACAUAUUUAUCGCCUCGUUCAUGAGACUUUCAUGUUGUAUAAAUGAGCAGGAUGUGUCAUAACGAUACAUGGGUGUGCAAUCUGUGUUGGAGCAACCUUUGUUCCAGCUCAGGAGGCUACGCGUGGACCUUUCGCCCGCGGAUUAGUACAGGGAAAAAUACCGUGAUAGCUACACUGCUGAUAGUCAAUGUCCUCCGUCAUGGGGUCGUGUGCAUUGUUUCCGACGACGUUGAAACAUCACCAGAUUGCUCCGCUUGGGCUUGGGCUUGCGUUACAACGUCGAUCAGCCCAGAUAACCUGAGUAUAGAUGCGACGGUCGCAUGCUCGUCUUUGCUCGCUGUGUCAGAUGGAUCGCCGGUGUAGUUAAGCAGGUCGUCCAUGCGGAGAACCGACGAAGGCGCACUCCGGGCGUCGGGCGCCGCUUGGGAUGCUGGCAACCGCUUGGAGAAUGAAGGCUCUGGUAAAGGUGUUCCCACGUGUUCCGUAGGCGUUCCUGGGCUUGGUGUGUGUCGGGGCGGACUGCAUGGAGGACUGUGAUGUCUGUCGUCGGACGCUUCCGCUUGCGUACGCAGUGGCAGGUCGUUCUGGGGGCGCGUCUCUUCGGUGUCCGUGUCGCCUGACUCCACUGCGGCAGAGGUCGGGGGGGAUUCAUCGCGUGACGACCGCAGGCUGGAAACGGGGGGCGAGUACAGAGGCUGACGCUCGUACGAUACGGAGGAGGCGGGUACCGUUUGGUAGCCCGUAUAUGAUGGCAUGUAUUGGUAUCCCCAGCUUGCGUUGGGUGGGGCCGCACCUGGCGCGUACUGUCCUGGUAUAUACGGCGUCAUGCCGCCUGGGUAAACGGGAAUGUACUGCGUUGGGACAAGUACGCUCAUGCUCGAGCCUAACGCCGUCGUGUGUGAAGCUUGAUCUUCCUGACUCUCACCGUUCCAUCCAUCAGUGGAUGAGUCCGCCGCAUGUGACGCCGACCCAUCCUGUGAACGACCCAUAGCAGACGGUGGUUGAGGUUGUGGCGGCUGCCGAGCAACGCGUUUCAAUGGUCCAUAACCUUCAUCGCCCCCAUCAGAGUCGAGGGAGCUCGACGAGGAGUUGAAUUCUUUGUGUAUCUUCUUGUGUUGAAGGAGAUUGUCGUGACGGGAAAAGAACUUGCCACACGAAGGUAAUGGACAUUUAAACGGUUUCUCAUACGUGUGUAUACUGCGGAUAUGCCGCUUCAGGUGCUCGCCACGACUGAAACAUUUCCCGCAUCCAUCGACUUGACAGGUGUACAUUCGGGGAGUGAGGCUCGAUGAUACCUCUCCAUCGCCGUCUUCCGAAGUGAACGACGCCUCUGGUUGGACUGGUACGCGCCGCCCGCGCGACUUCUUGAUCAAGUUCGGCACCGGUACAGGCGGUGCGGCUCGCCGCCGCGGAUGCCUUUGAGGCCCGGUGAAACGUGGCGCGUCGGGAUCGGUUGGGCUUGCAGCACCUGAGCCUGUAUCCAUGAUAGAAGAGACAGACGGAAGAGGUGCAUCUGCAGAUGACUGGCCGGACGAGACAGCUUUCUUGGCCGCACGUUUCCGCGCAAAGGGAUCCGGGGGGUUGAUGUCGCUGAAGUCGAUCACGAGGUCGGUCCUGAAGAGCUUUACGCGAGCGCCCGUCUGCGAGCGAGUCACCGGGCGACGAGACGGAGAGGUCCCGGACGCAUCAGCGGCCGAUUUAGAGACCGCCGUGGACGAGGACGCUGCUUCAGCUGGCGGCUCAUGGUUUUCGGUCGUGUGGCGCGACAGCUCAGUCGGAGGUAUGGUGAGCAGUGUGCUCGACAGACUGGGAUUGAGGGCGGUAAGUGCUGGGUCGAUUUCAACCGGAGGUGUGGCCAUCGUGAAGU